AUGACUCAGUAUACGCAAGUCGCCGUUCUCUCCGGCCAGAAGGACGGGGUCCUGUCCAUAGGUUUCUCCGCGUGCGGCACAUUCUUGGUGGCAACUGGCUAUGCAGGUGUCUGUAUAUGGGAUGUAGCAACGCAGAAGGACGUCGCCAUCCCCUCGCCUCCGUCGACGCUGACAGAGAAGCACAUUUAUACCCGCUCGGUGUGGCUACACUUCGAGGACACGGGCAUCCCCAUUCUGGUACUGGGCUCGAUGCGUGGCGAUAUAGCCAUCUGGAAGCUUUCUGUCAUACAACUCGCAUUCGGUGCUCAGAAGAACAGACAGAAGUCUUGUCAAUGGACGUUCUUCGUCGUUCUGUACCAUGCGACGAGGGAUCAAAUUCGUCGGCUCUUCGUUGUUGACCUGCCUCCGCCCUUCUGCCCGAAGACUGUGAAGUUCGAUGCGUCGUCUCGAACAAUUGUGGCCUUUAGCGCGACCGGGGGAACGAUGGCCUCCGUUGCAGUGGACCCGACAAAGUCGAUCUUCGCCGCCCAUACGGGAUCCACCAUCGAAAUUAACCUUCUGAAAAAGCAGAAACACAUCAAGAGCAUCGACAUCGGAGCACCAGACAUCUACUAUCCCAUGUACAUGGCGUUUGGGGAAGGCGGGGACAUUCUGGUGUCCGGAACGGACAAGGGUCGUGCUUUACUGCACAAUGUUGUGGACGGCAGCCUCGUUCAAACUCUCUUUUACCCAAAGGGCGGAUUGGUCCAGCAAGUCGCGAUAACCAAGCUGACUGAAGCGCAUCGCGAUCCGGGCACCCAAGAGUCCGGUACCAGCGCCUUCGAGCGCAUGUGCUGGGGUGUUAUGAUUGCGCUAUUGAUUGUGUACGGCGCAAUCGUGGUAGCCAUUGUCCGCGAAGUCGAACACAACUGCUCUACCAACGCACUCGGGGUGAGAGGACUCGAGCGUGGAGCGCCAGCGUCGCCGUUGAAUGCAGCGAUAGCUACGGCACGCCCCUCAUGCUAUGUCUGGGAUAGCAGCCCCAUUUUCAGCAGCCACCGAUUCCAUGAACUCACUCGAAGCUCGCUCGUGAUGCAGAUCGUGGACAUCGCUGAUCACGCGCUCGACGACAUCGAGCGUUCGGGGAUGCAUGAGUACAAUGAGGGUCGACACUAUCGAGUCCGGCCGGAAGAGCUCUUCGAGACGCCGCCACUCCGUCGCGAGCGGGUGCUGAAGGUUCGUAGGACGCGGUAG